AUGAGUUCGGCAUCACAGUGGAAAGAAGAAAAAGAAAGAAUUCUUGCUUUACCUAUAGAUGAAAAAAGAAAGUUAUAUAAAUCUGGUGACUAUAUAUCAAUAGAUAAAGUUGACCCUUGGAUAUUUUAUGUUCAACAUAACCCAGGUUUACAGGAUAAGAAACACACAAAUGAAGACCUUAACGAAUUCCGUAAAAUAAAAAUUAAUUCAGAGAUAAAUAUAAAUAUUAAUCAUAAAGUUUCGAUAUUCAAAGGCGACAUAACGAAAUUAGAGGUAGAUGCUAUCGUAAAUGCUGCGAAUUCUCGUCUAAUUGCUGGAGGCGGCGUUGACGGGGCCAUUCACCGUGCCGCUGGACCAAUGCUUCAGGCUGAAUGUAAUACUCUGGGUGGCUGUCCUACUGGUGAGGCCAGAAUUACUUGCGGUUAUAAUCUUCCUGCCAGUUAUGUUAUCCACACAGUCGGUCCACAGAAUGGCUCUGCACCAAAUCUAAAAUCAUGUUAUGAAAAUUGUUUUGCACUUCUGAAACAGUAUCAAUUAAAGACUAUCGCUUUCCCAUGUAUAUCCACUGGUAUUUACGGCUUCCCUAAUAGAUUGGCUGCUCAUAUAGCAUUAAGAAGUGCUCGGAAGUUUCUAGAAGAUAAUAAGGAUGUUAACAGAGUUAUAUUCUGCACAUUCAUGCCGAUAGAUGUUGAUAUAUAUGAGACGUUGAUGCAAAUGUACUUUCCUGUACAUGAUUGGAAUUAUGGCGAUGAUUGA